AUGACCCACCAAACCCAGCGCCGUCGCCGUCGUCACUCCGCCGUCUGCCACCGUCAUCCCACUUCCAAACCCACCACCGGUUUCUGUGCCACCUGCCUCCGUGAACGCCUCUCCACCAUCGAAGCUCUCACUUCCCCCCUCGCCGCCUCCGAUCAGGUCCCUGAGCUCCGCCGUGUUCGCUCCUACUCCGUUCGCGACGCAUCCGCCGCUGAUUUCGACCAGCCGCGACGCAGAUCGUGUGAUGUUAGGUCCAACGAUCGAUUUGCCGACGAUGACGACGAAGAGCUGCUGGAGAGCUCGAUUCGGUUCCCCAUGGUUCCGGAUUUGAAAGAGGAGGAGGAAGAAGAAGAAGACGGAGAAGUAAUUAGAGGUUUUGACGAAGGUGAACCGAGUAGGAGACUCGUGGAGGAAGAAGAAAUCGAAGAUGGAGAGCAGAAGACGAUGAAGGAGUUGAUAGAUCUGGAAUCGAGAAAUCUACAGAGCAAGAAGAACAACAGCAAAGAUAUCGCUUCGGUAUUUAGCAGAACGCUUAAGAAAUUUUCACUCAAACAUCCGAAGAACAAGAGCACAUUGCAAAAUCCAGACGCCGGAAAUGCCCUCGGCCGUCGCUCAUGCGAUGUAGAUCCUAGGCCUUCUCACGACGCAGGUCGAAUCUCGUUCGAGGAGCCAAGAGCGUCGUGGGACGGAUGCUUGAUCGGAAAGACGUAUCCGAAGCUGAUUCCUUUGUCCUCUGUGACUGAAGACGCCAAAGCCUCUCCGGAGAAGAAACCUAAAGACGAGGAGGAGGAGGAGAAGAAACCAGGCGGGACAGCUCAGACGAGGGAUUACUACUUGGAUUCGCGGCGGAGGAGAAGCUUCGACCGGUCAUCGAGACACGGAUUGCUCGAGGUUGACGAAUUGAAAGCUAUCUCCAACGCUAAGGUAUCACCUGAAACUGUUGGUUUGUUUCAUGGAGCGAAGUUGCUUGUCACGGAGAGGGAGCUGAGAGACUCGAAUUGGUACUCAAUCAAGAACUACAAACCGGAGAGCUUAGAAUUAGGUGGUAAAGGUGUUGGUGGUGUUGCUGCUGGUGAGGUGAAGCAAGAUGGUUUUGCGUUGAAGAAGAGUGGGAAGAAAUGGUCUAAAGGAUGGAAUCUCUGGGGGUUGAUUCAUAGGAAAACGGAUAAUGCAACCAAGAACGAAAUCAAAACCGGGGAAAGCUUGAAACUUGGAGGAAAUGCAGUGGAUGGUUCUCUAGCUGAGUCUCUGUUGAAGCUUAGGAGAGUGGCUAAAGGAGAAAGCAACGGUGAUGUUAGCGAGAAGCUCAUAAGAAGCUACAGCGUUAGUGCAAGAAAGUCUUGUGAUGGCAUUGUUCAUGGUGCUGCUUCUGUUGUUAAUGGCUUUGAAGGUGGAAGAAGCUCUUGUGAUGGUUUGUUCCAUGGCUCUGUUGAGACAGGAAGGAGAAGUUCCUGCGAAGACGGAUUGUUUCAUGCCGUUGAAGGCAACCGUAAUCGUCUUCUUCAGAGAGACGACGCCAAGCUUGGUACUUACUCGCCGGAUAACCUCAGAAAUGGUAUGGUUAGAUUCUACUUGACUCCAUUAAAGACCCACACGACAAGCAACUCCGGGAAAACUAGGCUUAUGAAUUAA